GACAUAAGUAGCGAAUACAUAAAACAUACAAGACUUCAAUGUUGCAAUGUCCGGAAUACUUAGGUACUUCGUACCUUUACGAGCCAAUUACAUGCUGCAGCGCGGAUCUCGGCAUGUUCCACUAUCAAGCAACAUUUAGGUAGUACCUAGCUUUGAUUAGAUAGGGCAGAUAACAGCGACCCCUGCAGAAAAAAAGUUGAGCUCGCUGGAAUUUGUUUCUACCAGCGACGUCGUCUCCCAUUCCAGAGCUCCGUUUAACCCGCAAGACUCACCGAGGACAGAGACCUACAUACUUGGCCGAUUCCUAAAAAAACGGCAAGGCGUCCAAUAUUUAAUUUUACCGCUCAGCUAUAGAGCUAUAUUGACAUUUUACCCCUGAACCCCCUCGACGAGCCCGCAAUUUCGAAAGGCGCAUCAUAACCCCUCCUCGUGCCGUCCCGCCAUCUCCUCAUCCCCUCGUCCCCUCGCCUCAACGACUGACACAUAGCCAAUCGCUAAGACUUCGGACAAAGAACCACUUACACACAUAUACAUAUACAUAUACAUAUACAUACACAUACGCAAUGGCGUCCUCGCCAUCACAACCGCAAUCCGCUGCACCGCCACAGCCCACGCCCACGCCCACGCCCACCCCACAACCUCCUACCAACCCCUUCGUCCACAACGUCGCGCUAGGCGUAACCCCCAUAGCGCUCUUCGCGCUAUUCCUACCACCGCGCCGUCUAGACCUGCGCGCCAUAAUCCUCGGAGGCGUCGCGCUGUGGGGCACGAACCAGCUCGUCGCCGACAACAGCGGCACGUCGUCCCUGCGGCGCAUGACGCAGCGCCUGGAAAAGAUGUCCGGCGCCGAGCUGCCGGAAAAAGCAAAAGAGAUGCAGGCGCGGUUGCGGGCCGAGCGCGCGCGCCGGGCGCAGGAGGGUCUUACCGAGGAGCAGAAGAGGAUGCUGGAGGAGCAUCGGCGGAAGGGGGAGAAGGAGAAGGAGAGGGGGCUGUUGGAGAGGGUGUGGAUGGGGGAUAGUGGUGAGGACUGGAAGGCUAAGAGGGAUCAGAGGGAGAAGGAGGCGUUGAGCGAGGGCGGCGGCGGGUACUGGAGUCUUAUUGCGGAUCAGGUUUCUGAGGUGUGGAAUCAGGGGAAGAAGAAGAAGGAUGGUGAUGAGGAGAAGGAGAAGGAAAAGGAGAGCGAGUCGAAGAAGCCUUAAUUGGAUUAUAAGAAUGGCCACGGAUUUAGAAGUGAAUUAACGAGCUAGCUGUACGUUACGAGAUCUGCAUAUAUGGGGGAGCAUAGUGGACUGGAGUUUAUCACGGGUUUUGGGGGAGAGGGACCAGGCACAUAAAAUCUAGGCGGACAAAACGACGCAUCUCUGUUAAAAACUAUGACCUAAAAUCUUUGACCUUCUUCGGAAUCUGCUCAUAACCGUGCCGUAAUACCGAGAAGUCAUAAACGAACCAUCGUUAUCUAGCAAUGUAAUUCAUACGUUCCUAAUGGCCUUGAAAAAAAAGGUACCAUACUGUAGAAAGCGUAAACAUGCACAGACGAGCAAGCAAAACAAGCUUUUAACAUUCCACGCCCA